AUGAUCCCAGCCCCGCUUAAUCUUCAGGGCAUGGAGGAGUUCAAGGACUGUCUUAAUGAAAGUGAAGUCUUUGAUCUCUCUUUUAGAGGCUGUCACUACACCUGGUCAAACAACAGUCUUUCCAACAGGAAGCUGAGGAAGCUCGACAGAGCCUUGGUGAAUGAAGCUUGGAUGGAUAAGUACCCGAAUUCAAAUGCUCUCUUUGAUGCACCUGGAUCCUCGGAUCAUUCCCCUUGUUUGGUCUCUCUCUCCAAUAACCUCACUAGGCGGAAGUGCAGGUUCAUGUUCUUUAAUCUUUUCACUUCUCACCCGGAUUACUCAACUCUUAUCAGUGAGGCUUGGAAUGCUCCUAUUUUGGCUGCUGGAUCGAUGUCUUCUCUGUACCAGAAGCUCAGAAUGGCAAAGAUUUGCUGCAAAAACCUCAAUCGGUCUUCCUUCAGUAACAUUCAGGCGAGAACAAAAGAAGCUUUUCAGAGGUUGGAAGAUAUUCAAAAGAGAGUUCUCACCUCCCCGGAACAAGAUUUAUUUGAGGAAGAAGCAAUUGCAAAAGCUCAAUGGUUGCACUUAUCUGCUGCAGAAGAAUCUUUCUUUCACCAAAAGUCAAGAAUCAGAUGGUUGAAAGAUGGCGAUUCAAACACAGGUUUUUUCCACAAGUCUGUUAAGGCAAAUCUUUCUAAGAACAUCAUACAUUACCUCAGAGAUGAUAAUGAUGUUAAGGUUUCGGAUCCCGUCCUUCUAAAGGAAAUGGUCACCAGUUUCUACCUGAAUCUAUUAGGCUCAGCUAAUAAUCACAUCCGCCUUAUUUCGGUUCAGGAGAUUCGUCAUCUUCAUCCUUUCAGAUGCAGCGAUGCCCUACCCAUUUCCCUGUGCAACACUGUCUAUAAAGUAAUUGCCAAGAUUAUUGGGACUAAGCUCAAACGCCUGACUCCUCUGGCUGUUCAAAGAAAUCAGGUGGGGUUCGUGAAGGGAAGGUUGCUAUGUGAGAACGUGUUAUUAGCUUCAGAGCUCGUUGCUGAUUUUAACAAGCCUGGACCCAUCACUAGAGGCUGCCUGCAGAUUGACAUAACAAAGGCGUAUGACAAUGUUGAUUGGGGUUUUCUUCUUCGUCUGUUGGAAGCUCUGGAGAUACCGCCAUCUCUUGUUUCCUGGAUUCGUCAUUGUAUUACUUCGCCACAUUUUUCAGUGGCGUUGAAUGGAGAGUUGGUGGGGUUUUUUAAAGGAGGAAAAGGGCUUCGCCAAGGAGAUCCAAUCUCAUCCUCUUUGUUCGUUUUGGUGAUGGAUUUUUUAUCCAAAAUGCUGGAUGAUGCGGUAAGGACAAGUAGAGUGAAACCUCACCCCCAUUGUGAAGAUCCGCUGCUCACUCAUCUAAGUUUCGCUGAUGAUAUGUUAAUCUUCUUUGAUGGAUCCCCUCAGUCGCUCAAAGCCAUUCUUGAGGUAUUAUCAACUUUCAAUGAAAUUUCCGGUCUAGCUCUCAAUCCAAGGAAAUCACUUCUCUUCUUAGAUGGGAAUGAUAGUGUAGCUACAGCUUCUAUGGCAGAGAGUUUUGGUUUGCUUCCAGGUUCCCUUCCUGUCAAAUAUCUUGGCCUUCCCCUUCUUCCUCACAAAAUGCGUAAGCAAGAUUAUCAGCCUUUAAUAGACAGAGUCACAGCUAGAAUCUCUUCGUGGCCUGUAAAAAGGUUGUCUUUUGCAGGGAGACUGCAGUUGAUUCAGUCAGUCUUAUCAAGUAUGGUCAACUUUUGGGCAGCUGUUUUUCCACUCCCAAUGAGUUGCAUAAAAAAAUUGGAACAAAUAUGCAACUCUUUCCUUUGGAAUGGAGCGCCAAAUUCAGCGAGAGGUGCAAAAAUUUCAUGGGAAUCUGUCUGUUCUCCAAAAGCAGCAGGAGGUUUGGGGUUAAGGAGGAUUGCUGACUCGGUUCAAGUUUAUGGCUUAAAGCUUAUUUGGCUCAUCUUUGCUGGAAAUGGCUCUCUAUGGGUUGCUUGGGUGCGAAAUAAUAUUAUUGGAGAAAGGUUGAUAUGGACGGCAGACUUUAGACAAUCUGGGUCUUGGUUAUGGAGGAGAGUGAUGAAGCUUCGAGACUUGGCCAGACCAUAUCUUGCUUGUCAAUUAAGAUCCGGAUCCAAUGCUCUCUUUUGGCAUGACGAUUGGACAGGCUUGGGUCCAUUAGUGGAUAUUACGGGUGCAAAUGGACCAAGAGUUUGUGGGAUUCGAUCUAUGGAGGUGGUGGCUAAUGCCAUAACCCAAGGACAAUGGCGGCUUCCUCGUGGAAGACAUCCGAUAUUAAUCCUGCUGCGUAACUGCCUUCCUCAGGAGGUUCCUGAUUUGAAUUCUUCAUUACCGGAUUUUUUCUUAUGGAGAAACUCUCCAGAUUCACCUCCAGGAAUUUUCUCUACUUCUCGGACUUGGGAUUCUUUACAUCCGCCUUCUCCAGCCUUACCUUGGACGGAAACGGUUUGGUUCAAGCAGAGAGUUCCUAAACACGCUUUUAUCUUAUGGGUGACCCUCAGGGACCGAUUAACAACAAGAGACAAGCUGAGGAGUUGGGGGAUAAAUGUUCCAGCUAGUUGCUUGUUAUGUGGAUCGAAUCCUGAGACGAGGGAUCAUCUUUUCUUCCAAUGUAAUUUUGCUGCUGGAAUUUGGAAUAGUUUUUUCACGCACAAAACACUUUCCCCGCCGAUAUCUUUUCAAGAUAUAGUGCUAUAG